CCUCCAUAUGACUCGCCCCGACCGCUCGACUCGAAACCCGACCCGUCCAUGUCGCUCGUCAGGCACCGCCUCGCCUCCCUCGCUCGCCCCUUCUCCUCCUCCGCCGCCAAGCUCCCCUCCUCCACCACCACCACCAACCUCGACGGCGACGCCGCCGCCGCCGCCGCCGCGGUCCAGCUCCUCUCAUGGGGCCGCGGCGCCUCCGGCCAGCUCGGCGGCGGCGGCAUCGAGCAGGUCCGGAUGUAUCCAGCUCCCGUCGCCGGCCUCAUUCUCCCUCCUUCCUUCGCCCUCUCUCCCAUCCCCGGCAGCCUCCAAGGCUCUGGCCGCGCCGACUCGCCGCCGGCCUCCGAUCCCGCCAUUGAGGUCGGCAUAUCGUGCGGACUGUUUCAUUCCUCGUUGGUGGUCGACGGUAAGCUGUGGAUAUGGGGAAAGGGCGACGGCGGACGCCUAGGCCUCGGUCAUGAGGACUCGGUCUUCGUGCCGACUUUGAAUCCUAACUUGGACGGCGUCCGGUGCAUUGCUCUCGGCGGUCUUCACUCGGUCGCGCUCGAUUCGCUCGGUCGGGUCUUCACUUGGGGUUAUGGUGGUUUCGGAGCGCUCGGGCAUUCUGUGUAUCAUAGAGAGCUCUUGCCGAGAUUGGUGGAGGGGUCCUGGGAUGGGAGGAUUUGCCAUAUUGCGACUAGUGGCACCCAUACUGCUGCUAUCACGGAAGCAGGUGAGCUGUAUACCUGGGGUCGAGAAGAAGGAGAUGGUAGAUUAGGCCUUGGUCCUGGUCGGGGACCAGAUCAGGCAGGAGGCCUCAGUGUUCCUUGCAAAGUAAAGGCUCUACCUGUAACCGUGUCAUCUGUUUCUUGUGGUGGUUUUUUCACCACGGCAUUAACUAAGGAUGGUCAAGUUUGGAACUGGGGAGCUAACUCAAAUUAUGAACUUGGAAGGGGUAACAAAGUUGGUGGCUGGGAACCAAAACCCAUCCCAAGCCUUGAACAUGUUUGCAUCAUCCAGAUAGCCAGUGGUGGAUAUCAUUCUCUUGCCUUAACUGAUGAUGGAAAGGUGCUCUCCUGGGGUCAUGGUGGACAUGGUCAGUUGGGCCAUUCUUCUAUCCAGAGUCAGAAAGUUCCUACAGUGGUCGACGCAUUGGCUAACGAGCAUGUCAUCUUUAUUGCUUGUGAAGGUUCAACUUCAGCAGCUAUAACUGAUGAAGGGAAAUUAUACAUGUGGGGAAAUUCUAAAGAUUAUCAACUUGGAGUUCCUGGGUUGCCAGAUGUGCAUCCUACUCCUGUUGAAGUGAAGUUCUUGAGCGAAGAUGAUGGUCUGGGACCAUAUAACGUGUUAUCCAUUGCAAUUGGUGCUUCUCAUGCAAUGUGUUUGGUUUCCAGGUCAGGUUUUGAUACAUCUUUCUCGAAAAGUAACCAAGCGGGUACUGACUGGCAGAACGGGAAGAAUAAUCAGAUAAAUUCUUAAAGUGAUGAGGUGACAAACUUUUGAUCACACAUCAUGUACUGUUGUCUGAUGGGUGGAAGAGCUUGUGAACUUAUUGCAGCGAGAAAGUUUGAAGGUAGCUUGAAGUUUCCGUCUUCCCAAUGCAAUUAUGGUGUGGUGGAGGUAGACUUGAGAAAGCAAGCCUGUCUCUCUGUAAGAGAGUCACCAUUACGCCAAGCUCGUGAUUCUAGAAUGUCCUUGGAAAUUAGUUGAGCCAGAUUCGGAUGCAGGGUUUUGUUUGAAAACAAGAGGAACUGAGAAGAGUCGUCGUAGUCAAAUGCUUAUAUUAUGAUGCUUGAUUUCUAAGACCAUGUAACCUUAUAGAGAGAGGAACGCAACCUUUUUUACGGAUGCUGACAUUGCCACGCGUUGUCAAGGGGAUUGCUUCCA